CCGGCAACCAAACUUGAUACAGUGAAAUUGCUACACCUUAAAACAAUAUGAUAAGAACAAUUUGUACCAAGUCGCAUAAUGAAUGUGGACAUUAUUUUGUGUGAAGUAUUAAAAGAUGGUGAAAAGUGUAUUGUCAUAAGUAGUAGCAUACUGCAUACUUUUCAUAUUACCUUAUCCACUCAGCAUCAGAUCGAGUUAUUGUUUUAGAAGAAAAUAAGGGUUUAUUUUGUUUUGAGAACUGUUGUUGUUAAAGUCCGCGUGUGCAACAAGCCCCCUCCCUUGCAUUUCGGCUUCGCCAUCCAUCAUGGUAUGUGACGUCAUGCGCGGUUAUUGGAACGCAGUUAGUCACGUGGUUAGUUAAUUGGGUGCUGUAGGCGUGUACUGUGCGUUGUGGUGCGGGGGGAAAAAAAGGAUCCCUAGUCCCCACCGUAAACUUGAGUUAUACACAGCAAACGUUUUAGAGCUCGGUAAAAAUUAAUGGUGAUGAGUUCGUUUUUAAUGAACCCAGUGGCGGGUGCUGGCUAUCAACAAAGCCAGCAUAUGCCCGUGGUGGAUCCGAAGUUUCCACCUAGUGAAGAGUACAGUCAGAACAGUUACAUACCCUCGUCCAGUGAUAAUUUUUAUUUGAACCAACAACAGCAUCAUCUGCAAUACGGUUACCAUAAUCACCACCAAGCGACGUCCUAUGGUUCCGCAGGAGUUCCUUUAUCGAAUACAGGGUAUGGAAGCUAUGGUAACUACUAUCACCAUCAGCUUCACCAUGCUCCCUCGUUGCAUUCGCACCAAAUUAGACCAUCCAUUCAAAUUCACGAUAACCAGCAGCCUUUGGUAAAUUGUGGACAGACUCCGGUAAGCAGUUCCUCGAACAUCCUACAAAAUUUAGCGGACAUUUCUCCUAAUGUUACCUCCCAACCAAGUGACGUGAACUCUAGUGUUUGUAGUCCUGGCAGUGCGGGACACGGGCAGGAAUCAAGGGGAUCACCUCCCGGCGGUCGCACUUUGCAGGAAUUGGGACUAAGGUUAGAAGACAACGGUUCCGACGAACCGGACGAUUUAGACGAUGGACAGGGUAGUUCUACGAAUAAUGAUGAAGAUGAAGAAGAUGACGAAUCCGGGGACAGACAAAUUUACCCAUGGAUGCGAAAAGUACACGUUGCAGGAGCCUUUUCGAAUUCGCAUGAUCCAGCUAAUGGCACAAAUGGUGGUUUUGCACCGGGUAUGGAACCUAAACGACAGCGUACUGCCUAUACCCGCCAUCAAAUCCUGGAGCUGGAAAAGGAAUUCCACUUUAACCGAUACCUUACGAGGCGACGGCGGAUAGAAAUCGCUCACACUCUAGUCCUGUCCGAGAGACAAAUAAAAAUUUGGUUUCAAAACCGUAGGAUGAAAUGGAAGAAAGACAACAAACUGCCAAACACGAAAAACGUCCGCAGAAAAACGAACCCUGCCGGCGUGACGACGACGGUGGCUGGCAACAAAACCGGGGGCGGUAAGAGUAGGGGGCAUAAAGGCGCCGCCGCCAGCAACAACAACGACAAACGAAAAAACAACAAUCGAGAUCUGGACGGGCUCGGCGAGAACAUGUUGGAUAUGACGCUGAGCGGGCACCAGCUGCCGCCCCAUUCGCACGCCCACCCCAUGCAGACGUCCCUGCACCACGGCGGCAUGAUGCAUCCGGACGCCGGGAUGCACAUAGGACAGCUGACGCCGCUUUCGGCGUCUCCCGGGUGCGGUCCCCUGCCCAACCCCCAGCCCGUUAUUAAGUCCGAUUAUGGACUUACUGCGUUGUAAUAGUGCCGCCGUCAUAGCCGCCGCUCAAUGCACUCAAAAUGUACAGUUUUUGAUGUAAUUUUAAAUGUGAGAAUUUUUAAAAACGCCGACAAUAUACCUGUUAUCAAAGAUUGAAUUGCGCCCACUGGUUUGGUUAAAAGGUUUGUGUUGGUGAAUAAGGAUUUUUGUUUCAAAUGGUGGAUUUUUAACGAUUAUGUAAGUAGACUAUUAUUUUCACGGACACUUAAAAGUUAUUCUAAAAGCAUUAUUAAUAAUUCAAUCUUUGAAGCCAACGAAAAAGUUAAACAAUGUGAAUUGAGAUAAUUACUAACAAACAAAUUGUUAGUAAUAUAUAUAAAUACUUGUGAUUCAUGUUAUACACUAGCGGACAUUAUUUUAAUAAAAAUUAUAUGAAAACUAACUAAUUUUUACACUAUUUCUUGGAUAAAUGAUUGUCGUCUUGUUCUGUAAUUCAACUAAAAACCACGUAAGUAGACAGAAUCGAUUAUAUAAAAAUGCAAAUAGGUUUUUACAACAUUAUGGUUAUUUUUCUACAUUUCAUCUACCAAAAUUAUAAUUUUAAUAAUGGUUUUUAGUUAAAUAAAUUUUGUGCCAUUUUUGAACUAGGGAUUGUUUUAUU